ACAUAAACCCUUCUCUGAGAAUUAGGAACUGGUGUCUCUCUUAAACCCCAAAACCAAGAGCUGCAAAGACCAAUCCUUGGAGGAAAAGAUCAGUCUUUUUUCUCUGUUUCCUUCAAUAAAGAUGCCACCUUUUAUAUUGAAGAGAUCAAAUAAAGGAUCCUUGCUUAUAUUUCAAUACCAUAGAACAAAAACUAGAAACUUAUGCUCCUCACAGCUGGUUCCCAAUUUCCUAGAUUCAAAUCAAAACCACAAGGUUUUGGAUUCUGGGUUGUCAUCAAUUUUGCUAAAGUCAACGAAAAACCGAUCUGGGUCUUUUUGUACUCUGGCAAAUUCAAGUCUUUUGUCGUCACAAAAUCUACAUUUCUUGUACUUAAAUCCAAAAGGCUGGAUUUUUGCAAGAGAAUUUGGAACACAGGCUGCUGUUGAGCUUUGUACGUCUGAUGGGCUCACAGUUGAUGGAAUUGUUGGCAGUAAGUGGAUGAUCGUUGAGGAGAGUGAGAGUGAUUGGAAGAGUCAUGCUGCUGCAAUUGCUCAGUCCAUUCAAGUUAUCAAGAAGCGCCUUCAGUGGAAGAAAUUGAUGGUUAGGUUGGAUUUGUUAUCAGCAGAGCUGAACAAGCCUGACCUUUGGAAUGAUCCUGUCCACGCUGGUAAGAUAAGCCGUGAGCACGGCUCACUACUGGGUAAAAUGAAAGUAGUGAAGGCAUUUGAGCAAGAACUGCUUGAACAUAUAGAUAUGAUAAAGCUUGCAAGGGAAGAGAAUGACACUGAGUUGGAAUCGGAAUCGAUGAAAGCAUUGCUAAGGAUGAGAAGAGAUUCAAAAGACAAGGAGCUUGAAGCUUUGUUAGCGGGGGAGCAUGACUCUUGCUAUUGUUAUAUAGAGGUACAAGCUGGAGCUGGGGGCACUGAGAGCAUGGAUUGGGCAGCAAUGGUUAUGCAAAUGUAUAAAACCUGGGCCCAACGGCGUGGCUAUGGAGUAACAGUAAUGGAUGAAAUGCCGGGUGAGAUUGCAGGAAUCAAGCGAGCAACAAUCAAAGUUGAUGGUGAAUAUGCUUUUGGAUAUGCCAAAGCAGAAGUAGGAGUUCAUCGGUUAGUCCGCAUCUCACCUUUUGACAGUGGAAAGCGGCGGCAUACUUCAUUUGCUGCUGUUGCUGUGAUUCCUAUCCUAGGUGAUGGAUCUACUCAUGUACAAAUUAAUGAAUCUGAUCUCCGCAUUGAACGGUUUCGUGCUGGGGGAGCUGGUGGUCAGCAUGUUAACACAACUGAGAGUGCUGUGAGGAUUGUCCACAUUCCCACGGGAGUAACUGCUACUUGUCAAAAUGAAAGAUCGCAGCAUCAGAAUAAGGCCUCAGCAAUGGCUGUGCUUCAGUCUCGAUUAGACCAGCUUGAGAUGGCUCGUCAGGCACAGAUGAACGCUCAGCAUACACAAUCUCUUACCGAGAUAAGUUGGGGCAACCAGAUACGUACUUACGUUCUUCAUCCUUAUCGAAUGGUGAAGGAUCUCCGGACCAAUUAUGAGGUCUCUGAUCCUGACUCUGUGCUGGAAGGAGAUCUAGACGGUUUCAUCUUGAGCUAUUUAUCUUCUUCGCUGGACAAAGAUGAAGGUGAACAAUAAGAUUAUAGCGGCUAAAGAUUUUGUUGAAACAUGAAGAUCAAUAAAUGGAGCCAUAUGCCCUGGCAUGACAAUUCAUGUCAUGCAUGAGCUUUGCAUUGUCAGCUCCGGGAUAUGAUAUAGCAGAGCAUUUGUGUAUAUAUUAGUACUUAACAAGGAUUAGAGGAGAAUGCUAACUUGUGAUGAGAGCAUAUAGUUGUUCUUCAUUGUCUGUUCUUGCAUUGCUUCUUUUGUGAAAUGAUCUAUGUAGUUCAAUUUUUUGUCUCAAAAUCUUUGUUGUCCAUAUGGUUCAAGUAAGAGAAUACGUGCAUGAGCUCCUUCAGAUCUA